AUGUCGCAGGCUCAAGAGAAGAAGAACCUCCCUACGCGGAAGGCCAACGUCGCGAAGAAGGUCGUCCAGAAGGGUAGCUCGGGUCAGACACGUGUGCGCAAGGUGCGCACUUCGCCCUCGUUCCACCGCCCCAAGACGCUCCGUCUUGCGCGCAACCCGCGAUACCCUCGUAAGAGUGCUCCUCACCUGCAGCGCUCGGACGCCUGCAAGACUCUCUUGUUCCCGUUGAACACGGAGAGCGCCAUGAAGAAGAUUGAGGACGUCAACACGCUCGUGUUUAUUGUUGACCGUAAGACCAACAAGCGCCAGAUCAAGCAGGCUCUCAAGCAGGCUUACGAUGUGGAAGCUGCCAAGGUGAACACGCUCAUUCGCCCUGAUGGCAAGAAGAAGGCAUUCAUUCGUCUGACCCCUGACCAGGAUGCCCUCGAUGUGUCGAACCGCAUUGGCCUCAUCUAA